AUGCGCGUCCGCCGGCGGCAGCAGCUGCCGACAGGGGGCCCCGCAGGGGCCCCCAGGCCCUCCAGCCCCCCCCCCGCUGCUGCUGCUGCUGCUGCUGCUGCUGCUGCUGCAGCGGGGGGCCCCCCGCUGCGCGUGUGGCCGUGGGGGCUGUUGGGUGCGUGUCUGUGGGUGGUGGCCGUGGCUGCUGCUGCGCUGCUGCAGCACGAGCCCGCGGCCGCGCUGCUGCAGCAGCAGCAGCAGCAGCUGUCCCCCGCUGCGCAGCAGCAGCUCCGGCUGCUGCUGCUGCGCCUGCUGGCCCUCACCGCCGUGCCCCUCACCCUCUACACCGCCCUCCUCCACCACAACCAGCAGCAGCAGCAGCAGCAGCAGCAGCAGCAGCAGCAGAGUCUCUUCUGGAGCCUGUUGCACGGCCUGGGGCACUUUGCUGCGGCAGCUGCGCUCGCCGUGGGUCUCCAGCCACGCCUUGGGCUGGAUCUUAAAGAUGGCUCUUCUCCGGAGUUGGCCUUGUGCUAUUUCUCUGUCUCUUUUCUUUGA